AUGUCGCGACUAGAAGGCCUCCCCGCGACGGUCCCCACGGCGCAAUCAUUGAAGCGCAAACAGUUCUCACAGGGCGACCAAGAUGAUCUCGACGAGCUGGACAGGAUAUUCAAGCGCGUCAAGACAGUGGUUCCGCGCACGCCCUACAUCCUCUCAACACCCUCGAUGAACCCCUACCGAUACCACUCACAACAAGAGGCCAAUGCCUGGAUGGUGGGAAACUUGUGGCGCUACGACGAGGAGAAUGUGCAGUAUAGGACGUACCUCUACCGUGAGCCAUGUCAGGACUGCUUCGAGCUGCAGGCUGGAGAGGACGACGAGCCUGAGCCAGAACAACCGAAGUCGCAACCCUCGAGCACGGCCAAUUCAACUGCCAAGAAGAAGAUUUCUCUCUCAGCAUUCAAGGCGAAGCAGGCCAAUGGCACCAUCACGCCUACGCCUGGCUCCAAGAAGGCCUCGCCUAACCUCCCUCCGGCAAAGCCUCCACCCACUCAGGCCAACGGAGUAAAGGGGCCAGAGAAGCCGUCCACCACUACGCGCAAGCCAGAGGAGUCGAGGUCACAGAAAAGACUCCCAACCGAAUCGCGCGACGAACAGAAGCCAAUCUCUUCCAGCCAAGACAGCCAACGAUCUGAAACACGGCCUCGGCCUCCUCCGUCAUCAUCACAGAAGUCGGAGUCGGUCGAGGCGAAGAUCAACAUUGACAGGUCUGAGCCUUCGAAUGCAACUCCACAUGGCCUGCCAACCUUGCUUUCGCCAGUACACCAACCUUUGAAUAUCCCCUUUGGGCUUCCAAACAUCCUAUCACCCACACUACCCGCAAGUAUUCAGGCUGAAUUGGAUAGGCUAGAAACACAGCGGAGCAGAGCAGUAUCAGACGUAUCCACCUCAUCCUCAGAUCGUAAGGGUCAGACCCUGCAGAUCCCGACAGCACGAUAUGAAAAGGCCAACGAAGCGUCCAAGAGCGGGUCACGUGCGCGAUCGGUCUCACUUAACGGCAAGUCUCCGAGUGGCCAGCCAUCAAAGGCCGCAGAAGAGCUCGACAGCAGUCUUGUGGUCAAGCUGAAAUUCUCGAAAACAAAGGCCCCGACUGUUAAGCAGAUCCUUCGUUUACCACCCAAGAGGACAGGGGUCACAGAGAAGAAGGAGCGCCAGGAAACACCAAAAGCCACUCCGACCAAGAUGCACGCCAGUCCGCCCAAAGUGCAGAUGAGGACUGUGGAUGGGGUUGCGCAUAGGAUCAAGCCGGUCCCAAAGGUUGCAGCACGGCGACCAGAUACGUCCUCGUCCACGCCUAGUGUCAAGCCGGCCUCAGUAGCGCCCAAAGUUUUAGAAAAGCGCCCACGGACCGACGAUGAUACAUCACUAGCGGUACCAUCCAAACGCCCGCGAGCACAUUCGACGCAGGAUCGCCCGAUAACUCCAACACAGCAGCCCACCUCUUCUCCGGCGUUGUCGAACAAGUCCAGCACACAGAAGCCCCUCACCCAAUUCACGACUCCAAAGAGGGAUCCCAAAGCUGUCAGCAUGUUGCGAACUACAUCAGCAGAUAGCUUGGAGGCUACACCAGGUCGAUCAGGCAAUACCCCAACAAGUUCCAGACUAGACGUCAAAGCUUCUUCUACGUCUGCACCGUUGAACGGCAAAAAACAAGCUGAUAUCUCGCUGCUGGCGCAAAACUCGAUGAAGCUAAAUCAUAUGGGCCGGAAGCUCAAGCACGAAGCUCCGAAGAUCCUGACCGAGAAGGGCAAUAAGGCGACCGUUGAAGACGAAAAGCGAGUCGCCGUCACUAACCUAGAGUGCAUACUGUCAUACAUGGCUGCAUACUACGCCCAAGACCUCUCACUCAAUCUUCGCGGCCGCCCCGGCGAAGUAGAACAAACCUGGAAAACGCUGCUGCCUCUCUGUUUCUCCUACGCCCACUGCACAAAGGACUUCAAACACCUCGACGGCCUCCGUUCCUACCUCAGCUCCGUCAUCGCAGCCGCAAUCUGCACCCACGUCUCCCAGCGCGCUCUCAGUGCCCGACCCCACGACUCGCCCCACGAUGUAGCCCACGCCGAACUCGCAAAACAACACACGUCGCUCGCCGAGAACUUUGCCCUCCUCUCCGACCACACCAUAAAAAUGAACCGCCACUACCAGGACGCCCGCAUCGCAUUGCCCAUGGAGAACGUCCAAUCCCUGUACAAGAAGACAUGGGCCGGCCAAGAGUCGAACUUCAAGCUCGUAAAAGAACCAGAGAAAGUCAGCGGCGUGAGGCUCUCAGGACCCUACUUCCUGCCCCUCUCCAUGGACACGACGCCCAUCCAGGCCGUGCGCUUCGGCCUCAAGUUUUUGGCCGAGUACUGCGAGAAGGAGAAGCUGGCGUAUUCGCUGCGCGUUAAUCUCGAUAGGCCGGAGUAG